GGUAGGUGGCUAUGAUUGUGACUGUGGCUGUGGUUGGUUAUUUACGUUGCACAUGUUGCCUUUCUUGGAUGUGGUGCUUGCUGGUGCCGAUGAUUGUUUAUGAAUAGCUCCUUUCUUUUCUUUGUUUUUCCUUUUCUGCCUUUCUGGUCCUCCUACUAUACCUAUGAUUGUACGCUAUCAUGCUCCGUGUUCCAUUCAACUGUACUAUUAUCAUUGACCCGUGGGCCGCUGGUAGUUAUUAUGAUCACAGAAAGAAAUAUAGUAUCCUCUUUUUUACUAAGUCCCCUGGUUCCCAAGUACCCUCCUCUAGCUCGCUUCUUUUUAGCUGCAUCAGUCGACCAUCAAUAUUUUGUCUUCCCUCCUAUCUUUUCUUCUCUUCCGCUUUUAUACCAUGCAGACGUAGUUGCUAAAAAGCUGCUCACAAUGCAAGAAUUCCAUCAUGGACUCGUCAAUUGAAACAAACAUGACCGGGUACAUGAGGGUAACAAAACAGGUUUUUGUUGCAUGUUCAUAUACCAGAGCAUUUCAGCUCAUCAUUGAUCUUCAGUACUCAGAGACACAGUUUUUGUGAAUCGUACUUCGGAUCUCUCUUCUACUU